UCGAACAGAGACGACGCUAUAGAGGCAGUCGGUCCGCGAUCGGUCGGGCUCGUCUUCGCCGGCUAGUGUGAAAUAUCGCGCCCAAGUGUUACGAGCAGGACCACGCGGAGGACCCGGGACCGAAACAGUCUCCGGAAGGAAUACGCCGCGCCGUCCUUCUUCCACCGAUUUUCCCACGUUCGUUUUCUUUCUAUCCGUGUUCGCCGUUUCUGCCGCGAACCGAACAAUCGGCGAACUCGAUCGGCGAACUCGAUCGGCGGCCGAUGAGGAUCGCCCGGAUCCUACGCAGCUAGGGUCGCCAGGAUCGUCAUCCUCCGGCGGACCGAUCGCUGAGACCAGCGAUCGAUUCAGCUCCCGAGGGCGUUCUUUGUUGUUACGGGGAUUUAUUUGUAGCUGGAUCAAGCCGUGGGCAGAUCGGUCCAUUCGAAGGAUCUACGCGCGUUAAUCAGGGUACUUGGUCGACCGUGAACGAGGAUGAGCUAGCUCCAUGAAGUGAUUACUCGUGGAUUCGAUGGAUCGUGCGGAUCCUUCAACUGUUCUUUCUGCUUUCUGGAUAAUUCGGACCUGGUGAGACAGGUGUCCGGAGGUAAAUUCGAGUACCUCUGGUGGAAGUGUCGGAGUAUCCCGGUCUCUUCGAGGAGGAGUUGAAUUUGUGAAGUUGUUGCGUCGUCGGGUGACCAGCAUCGAUGACAGGGGGUGUAGACUUCGCAUUGGCAGACUUGAUGAGCGAUCUAAGGAUGUGAGCAGAAGAAGAGCGACAACGUUUUUCAUUCAUGAUACUUCGAUCGACAGUGGGAAAUCACAAGUCAGAAAAUCACAGAGAUCUGAAGUUUGGUCAGCUUCCUUUUCGAGACCGAAGAUCAAGGAUUCGCGUUGGUGAAGGAUUUAGUUGUCGUGAGAGUUCUCCAAGUGGAAGAACAGAUGCUAGACUAUGGCAGAAUAACAGAAUAAUUAUAGUUAUAACAGAAUAACACACAAGAUUGUAAGAUCAGAAGAAUAGAAGUUCUGAAGAUCACAGCGGAUCAGAAAAAUCAGAAGAUCAGAAGAAUAGGAAAAUAAAAAAAUAAGAAGAGAAGAAAAGUAGAAGAAUAGAAGAAUAGAAUAACAGAAGACUAAAAGAUUCAGGAAACCAGUAGAAGUUAGGUAUCGCCAGAGGCAGAAGAUCGAGGUGAGCAGAGUCGGAGAAUAAAAAAAGAUGCAGCAGCCAGCAAUAAACCCUGGAUCCCCGACGCGAUCGUCGUGUUGCGAACGAGAGCGGGACAGAGAGAUCCACGAUGAUCGAGACAGGGAACGUGGCAGUGCUAGGAGUCGGUCGUCGCCGGAAGGUGAUCACGAGGAACAGAACGACGAGAGGACUGUGGUUUCCGGGCAGAAUCUCAGUGGCAUGACGAUCACCGGAAGCCAAGGACUGCCUCUUUCUUUGUCUCUCGAAGAUCGGGAUCUUUGGACCAAGUUCCAGUGCCUGACCAACGAGAUGAUCGUCACUAAGAACGGCAGACGGAUGUUUCCGGUGGUCAAGGUGGUGGCACGGGGACUAGAACCGAAGGCGAUGUACACGCUCCUUCUCGAGUUCGUCCAGGUGGAUCCGCACAGAUGGAAGUACGUGAACGGGGAAUGGGUACCAGGCGGCAAAGCGGAAGUUGCACCGCCUAACCCGAUCUACAUCCACCCGGAGAGCCCGAAUUUCGGAUCCCACUGGAUGAAAGAGGCGGUGUCGUUCGCCAAAGUGAAGUUAACUAACAAAUCGAACGGGAGUGGGCAGAUAAUGCUGAACUCGUUGCACAAGUAUGAGCCACGGGUUCACUUGGUCCGCGUGGAUGCUGUGGAACAGAGAACGGUGCUCACGUAUCGUUAUCCCGAGACGCAGUUCAUAGCAGUGACAGCGUAUCAGAACGAGGAGGUGACGAACUUGAAGAUCAAGUACAAUCCCUUCGCGAAGGCGUUCCUCGAUGCCAAGGAACGUCCUGCUGAUCCGCAAACUUAUCCGCAAUAUACAGGGGCAUGGUUUCUACCUCAACCGACCAUGGGGUACGAGUACAACACCGCUUCGGCGAUCGCAGCUGCACAAAACCAAGCGUCAGUGACCGUCAAUAAUCAUCUCUCUAAUGCCUGCACCGUGUCUACAGCCGGUCACAGAAACACUUGCAGAUCUACGCCUUACUCUCUCAGACACAAAUAUAUACAAGACGAGCAACGCGCAGACCCAUACAGUCCAGUACAACUUCUCCACUCCACAGCUUACGUGACAGCAUCGGGAUGGUCACCGCGUAGCCCGGAGUCUCUGCAAACUCUGAGUCCAGCAUGUUUACCCCCAACUCAAGAAUGGCCUACGUCCCCGUCGCCGUCGCCAACAUCGUCCUCUCAUGCGAUAUUCAGCAGAAGUGUCGUCGGUACAUCCUCGCCGACUACAGCCACAGGAUGCGCCCUGUAUGUACCAUCAAACCUGCCCUCUGUGCCCCAAGAGCACGGUCAUUGCUCUGACACUUCUGCCUGGAUACACCCCAGCUCCCUGUCGGAGCAACAGCAACAACAACAACAGCCUUAUAUAAACUUGAACCUGCAUCUGCAUCAUCAAAUGUCAUCGUAUGCGUCAGUUCCUCACAGCGGUCUCCAUCACCCAUUGCACCCGAAUGGUGCCGACACAGUUCCUUCAGUGGACGACUAUGUCCACGACUACCAAGCGUCUCCCGUUCAAUCUACAACGCCCGACCGUCAUCAACAACAUCAUCAUCCUCAGAUGUUGCAUUUGCAACCGAUCCAACAGACUGGGACAGUGUCUCCUGUCAGCGUGGAAUAUGAUACUCCUCCGAAAGAACAUCAUAUACCGGUCAGUUACGCAGAUCAAAAUGCAGAUACGAUGAACGAUGUACAGCCGGAUGAGAAUCGAAGAUACUUGACGACGGUAAUUGAUAGACAUCAUCGGCAGGAAUCAGAUAUCGCUGCCAAUGACCAUCAGACUACCGCUUGGACACCGUUGACGCCACCACCGGCUCCGCAAACUACGGCGAUUUGAUUUAAGUAUGUGAUACAAUUAGUUUUAAUUAUACUGCAUCGUUGCUACUUCAUUUCUACAGUUAUUCUGAUAGCUAGGUGAUUAGAAGAAGAGAAAAGGACUAACGCUGAAGACGUGUCUCUACGUAGGUGCAAUACGAGUAUAGAUAUUAAAAGGUUCUUGAUAAAAACUUUGAAUACAUUGAAUCGAGAGUGCAGAUUGCUUGUUAAAUUUUAAAAAAAAUUGCAAAGCUAUUUUAGAUGGAAACUAUGAAAUUUCUACUGCCUUUCCUACGAACCUCUCAAUUACUGAUAAGCUAAAGCAUACGUAUUAACGUUUAUAUCAGGAUUAAUCGAAAAGGUUGCAGAUUGCAUUCGGCAAACUGUUGACAAGUGUAAUUUAAGUAUUUCGCAAUCGAUAAAUUGAUAGCAAUUCAAUUUCGAUUUCCAAGAAAUCAAUCCGUCCUAAGAUCGUGUCUUAAUACUUUUAAAUGGUAUGUAUCGGAUAAUAUAAUCAUUACAAUAAAGUAUACUGAACAUGCA